CUAGAGGCCUCAUAAGACAGUGCCCACUUGCUCUCAAAAGCUCCAAAAACAAACACAAAACAAUGGAGCAAAGCUAGCUUGUAUGAGUUGUGGGAUAUAGGGAAUGAGUGAAUGAUCAAGCUUACUGGGUUUUGGAGGAGGAGGAGUCAUGUAUCAGAAUUCAGGCUUGAUGGAAUUGGAAGCUCAUAUUCCAAGCAACAGCUUUACCCCAGUACAUAUUCCCAAAAUGAAUCAUAAUUCAAGUGGUAAUGGCAGUGGGAGGAAACAUAAUAUAACUUCUUACAAGGAGGUGUUCAAGCAGACAAUGCUCAAUCAAGAAAUGAUAUUUAAAGAGCAGAUUCUGGACCUCCAUCGGCUAUAUGGAAGACAAAGAGAACUAAUGGACGGUAUGACAAGAAAUGAGUUGGAUAAACAUAAUCUGGGCACCAAGGCUUUAAGGCAGACUACUUUGUCUCAAACCUCUGCUGUCUAUGCUCAAAAGACAUUGGACAUCCCUGCAUGCAGUCAAGUAUCUAUUAUAGGAGCUGAAAAUACACCUUCAUGUUUUGUUCAAAAGAGGAACAUACAGGCAUGCUCGUAUCCUGUUCAAAGUGAAGGUCAUUCAGGAGACCGAGGAUUUCUGAAAUCCAAAUGCAAGAGAUCUCAGAAGAACUCGGACCUUCAACUUCCAGCUGAUAUUAUAUACAUUGAUAGUGAAGAAGAGGAAUUGAUAGAAGAUGGAAAGGUUUCUGAAGCAGCUGAGGUAUCAAGUUAUCCUUCUAAGAAAAUUCCCAAGGUUGUGUGCAAUGGUGAUGCAACUAGAGGAUCCAACUCUGUUUCCAAUUAUGCCUCAAGUGCCGCAUCAUUAGACAAAGGUUUACUUGACUUAAAUUAUGUGUAUAAGCCAGAGAAAGAAGCAGCUCCUGCAUCCGAUAGUUUUGAAGGGCCCACUGCUAUCAAAAAGUACUCAAGAAUUCUACUGCAAGGCACAGAAAACAAACAGGAGUGUUUGUCGUCGUAUAAUUACAAUGCUGGGAAAUUUCAAAGCAGCUUCUAUUCUUUGCCUCGAGGAUUUUAUGCUGAUAACUCGUCCUCGUCAUCUAACUCAUUAAUAAAGAAGCUCAAGCAACAGGAACCGUCAUCCUUUCUUCACAAUUACCAAAAUUCGUUGAGUGCAAUGAUUGGUGUUCAGGACUUCGAAAAAAAUUCUGGUUCUAACGGUGAUCAUCAAUCUGCACCAAGUGGAGCUUUGAUGUGCACAUCAUCAGCUCAGCAUAUUCCUCAUGACUACGUGGAUAAUUCUGAGUCCUCAUGCCUUGCUGGUUUAAGAAAACCCAUACAUGGCUUUGCAUGCCCCCCAAUUGUAAUUCAAGCACUCCCAUGUCCUGACACCUCUGUACCACUCAGUAAUAACUGUAAAUCAUCAACAGUUAGGCCUGCAGUUGAGGAAGAAAGGUUAUUAUUAAAGAAGCAUCUGAGUUCUAGUACAAAACAAGACGGCACGGUCUCUAACAGUUGCUUUAGCAAUGGCUUUGAUUUCGACAUCAACAAACCAGGGGCUCAGCCACCAUCCAUCAGUUCUGAUAAUCUGAUCAGAGUUAAUGACAGUUUAGUGCCUGAACUUCAUGGAAUGACCAGAUACGCGCAGGAUUCUGCAAAUGUUGAUGCUCAAAAGGAUAUAGACUUGAAUUUCAUGCCUCCUAGCUGUUCUUUGGAUGUGGUUUCGCAGAGUUUUCAAACAAUUGGAACAGAAAAGCUUGAAAGUUACAGACCACAUCUUUAUUAUGGGAAAACUGAUAAUGGAUGUGAAGAUUCUUAUCAGGCAGAGGUAAAUGACUUAUUGAGUGAACGGAUACAAGGAUCUCCUACUUGUGAGACACCUAACAUUUCUGGUGAUCACUAUUAUCAUGUCUCGAGCUCCAAUUGCCAUCAGAACUCAGUUCGAGAUGUCAAGAACAAAGGAGCUGUGCUACUUGAUUUAAAUGUGCCUUAUGACUCAGUGCACAUCAAAGAAGUAGAACUAACUGCUGGUGAACAUGUAGAAAAGAGUAAAUUUAAGAAAGAUGGAGGCUUUGGAGUUCACAUUGACCUGAACUCAUCCAUAAUUGAUGUUGGUUUUGGAGUUCACUUUGAUCUGAACGCAUCGAUAAAUGAAGAUGAGUUUUCAGCAAUAUCAUCUCCUUCGACAGAGAGUCUUUUGGAGGUACCUGCUAGUCCAGAAAACAAGGAGCGCUCGCCACCAAGAGGCAUCUCAUCUGAUGGAAAUCAAGUUGACACACCUGAUCCAAUGUCAGGACAGGAAGCUCCAGAAAUCAAGGAGUCUUCUCCACCUUCAGUUGUAGAUGAUGAACAUCAAAUUGAGACAUCUCUUCCAUCAGGACUAGAUGAUCUGGAGCACAAAGAUUGUUCUCAGCCUAUGGACUCUAAUGAAACUCAAAUUGAGACGCCUUUGUCAUUGUCAGAACAGGAAGAUCUGGAAACCAAAGACUAUACUCAGCCACUGGACUCUACUGAAAAACAAACUGUGACACCUGUUCUAUUUUCAGGACAGGAAGUGCAUACGGAAGAGGAACUGUUCAGGACUGCUGCAGAAUGUUUGGUUUCCAUUUCAUCAUUUGUGUGUUAUACUUGUUCAGAAAGAACCACAUGCAGGCUAACUGAAACUUCAUCUAAUUCCUUAAAGUGGUUUGCUGGUUUAGCGUCUUCAGUUUUAGGCAGUCUAGAAAACAAGGUGGGAAAUGGUGAUCAUCAGGAAGUUCUACCUGAUGGAAUGGACUAUUUUGAGGCAAUGACUUUGAAGCUACCAGAGACAAAGGUGGAAGAGUGCUGCUGCUAUAGAAGUAUUGACUACAAAGAGGAAGUGAUUGUGACAGCUUCAUCACAAAGUCAGCCAAAAAGGGGUCGGCCAAGAAAAGGAAGGCAACAGAGGAAGGACUUCCAAAAUGAAAUCCUCCCGGGCCUUGCUUCUUUGUCAAGGUGUCAGGUGACUGAGGAUCUUCAGGUCAUAGGAACACUAAUUGGGGCUUCUGCUGAUUGCUCCGAAACUAGAUCAGUAAGACAUGCAGCUAGAUUUGGGUUGUCAAGGGGGAAGAGAAGGUGCACCAUGUCUGCUUCCACUGUAACAGAGAAAACUGCCGCACAACCAUUGAAUCACAUCGGUAUCAAACGGCAAUUGGAAAGUGAUAAGAGGGGCCUAAUUAAUUGGGGAGAGGUAUCUAGGCGGCGUAGAGGGCAGAGAAAUCCGGGUUGCAAGGUAUAGAGGGCCUAAUGAAUGACAGAGACUGUUUUUGCUGCUCUUUAGUGAGCUUUGUGUGAAUCAUUUGGUUGGUUUUUGUACAUGUCCUCCCAACCUUCAGAGUUCAUACAUGUGGGUGGGUAUAUAGGCUUGGGUGGAUAGAACUCAUAUAAAGGAAACCAUAACAGAGCAUGCAUGCAUGAGAGUCCCUCAUUUGCAGAAUGAUAUAUUCAUGUAGUGUUUUUUUUGGCAAAGUGAUGUACAUGGUAGGACUAUGAGAGUUCUUUGUCUCCAAUCUAUAUAU